CUAAACUCGAUUCACACCACACUGCUAGCUUAUGUCUCAGAGGCCCAACGUCCCUCACUCCUCCUCCAUAGCUUUCUCUCUCCAUUCCCAUCUCCUCGUCUCCAGUGAGAUGAACUCCACCUCCAACUGGUCUUAAAAAUUUCCCAAUCUCCCUAACCACCCCCAUUUUUGCUUCUUUAUCUCUAAAGAACCAUUCUUUCAUUCUUUCUCUAACUUACCCAAAACUCAAAGAUCUUCUUUUCCUGAUUCAAAUGGGUGUCAAGGGUUUCGUUGAGGGAGGCAUAGCUUCCAUCGUCGCCGGCUGCUCCACCCACCCUCUGGAUCUCAUCAAGGUCCGAAUGCAACUCCAGGGCGAAAAGGGCCUACCCGCCCCGGCCCAGCAGCCCAUUCACUCUCUCCGCCCCGCUUUCGCCUACCAUUCCCAUCACGGAUCCGCCGCCGCCAUCAUGGCUCCUCCGCCGCAUGUGGUGGCUGCUCCGCCGCGUGCGGGACCCAUCUCUGUUGGUGUCAAGAUCUUCCGGACGGAGGGAGUCAAGGCCUUGUUCUCCGGCGUCUCCGCCACCGUGCUCCGCCAGACUCUCUACUCCACCACCCGGAUGGGUCUUUAUGACAUUCUCAAGACCAAGUGGUCCGACCCGGAAUCCGGGAACCUUCCUCUGGGUCAGAAGCUUCUCGCCGGACUUGUCGCCGGCGGCGUCGGCGCCGCGGUGGGGAACCCGGCGGACGUGGCCAUGGUGAGGAUGCAGGCCGACGGGCGGCUCCCGGAGGCGCAGCGCCGGAACUACAAGAACGUGGUGGACGCCAUAUCGAGGAUGGCGAAGCAGGAAGGGGUGACGAGCCUGUGGCGCGGGUCGGGUCUGACGGUGAACCGGGCCAUGAUCGUGACGGCGUCGCAGCUGGCGUCGUACGACCAGAUCAAGGAGGCGAUUCUCGAGAGGCACGUGAUGGCCGACGGGCUCGGCACGCACGUGACGGCGAGUUUCGCGGCGGGGUUUGUGGCCUCGGUGGCGUCGAACCCGGUGGAUGUGAUCAAGACUAGGGUGAUGAACAUGAAGGUGGAGCCCGGGAGGGAGGCGCCGUACAAUGGGGCGUUGGAUUGUGCCGUGAAGACGGUGAGGGCGGAAGGACCCAUGGCCCUGUACAAGGGUUUCAUUCCUACCAUUUCAAGGCAGGGACCCUUCACUGUGGUGCUGUUUGUGACACUUGAACAGCUCAGGAAGGUUUUCAAGGACUUUUGAGUUAUUGUUUGAUGAUGAUGAUGAAAAAAAAGUUAUUAGUUACUAUUAUUGAUUAAUGAAUCUAUUGGCUAUUUGAUUUACCA